UACUCAUUACGAAUAGCAGAUUACCAGAGAUCUGAUCAAAUAUUUUCAAAAUUUGCAAAUAUUUUCACAUGGGUGGUUGAAGCGAAAAUUCAUGUGCAUCAAGAUGGAUAGAUAUAUUUCAAAAGUGAAUGUGUGCCUUUCAUGAAGAACGCAUGUGUUAGUUAUAAGUUGGGGUUGAAAAUGAAAGGAGGUUAGGAUUGUUAGGAAUGCAGAGAGUGGCCCAGGAAAAUACUGGAAGGAAAAUAAACAUGAGAUGAUUAACUCAGAGUCAUGGCAGAAUUCUUGCCAUUAUGUGACCUGCUUUUCAAUGUAGUUUCCCUAGCAGCAUAUUUUUGUGAUGUAGUCUUUGACAUCCUAGUGGUCUAUGCCCUUUUUGAAAGGGGCAUGACGGUGCCGUUUGCUCAGUGUCUAGGUGCUAUUGUCCUGGCUGCUCUAGUAUCUCAAAUCCUCUCAGUAUAUUGGUAUUUAGAUCAAAAACCCAGGCAAAAACCAAGUGGUUGGCAGCGAUUUAUGGUGAUAGUGCUGCAUGUAUUGCAGCUGGGUGUGCUGUGGCGAUAUGCUCGGCUUCUUGUUCCUGUACAGUUAGCUAUUGUUAAACAAGAAGUUAGAGACUUGUGUAUUUUACGCUUGGUACAUGGAUUUCUACAAGCUGCUCCUAUGCUGCUGUUACAGUUGACUUUAUUACCAGGCGCCGCCGAGGGCCCCCCCUCCGACCUGGUAACCGUCUCCGCAGCCCUGUCCCUCUUCUCCGUCUGCUGGGCGCUGGCCUCCUUCAGCAAGCACGUGCAGAGCGUGGACCGCCUCGUGCUCACCUGGCUGGGCGUCGUUUCGCAACUCCUCUGGCGAUCGGGCACCAUCACGGCCAGGGCAGUAGCGCUGUCUGCGUACGCAGCCUCAUACCACUCGUGGGUGUACCUGGUGCUGGCGUUGCACUGGACGUGCAUGUUCCUGUGGCUGCUGUCUCCCAGGAGCCCGUUCCACGGACAGCGCGGAAGCAAGCUGGGCGUUUGCGUGCUGAUGGCCGCCAUUUAUAUAUUGGCGUACGUCAAUUUGCAGGAGAAGCCGCACAGGAGGACCAUGUCGAUAUUCUAUGUGGUCAUGUUGUUGGAGAAUUGUUUGUUGGUGGGCGCUUGGAUGGCUGCCGUGUGGCAUAACAGGCCUUAUCGGUGGGAGUUGGUGCCUAUUCUCACGGUGGGACUGUUUGCUGCUGGAAUCAUAUUCAUGCUCCUCUACUACAAAUUCUUCCAUGUCAAACGACUCAUGGAGAAACCCUCCCAACCACCAGGUGUGUUCAACUGCCGAUUCAGCAGUCCUUCGGCAUCAGCCCUAUACAGAAAAAAGAAGAAACCAACCUCAUUCGUACCCCCUCCUGGCCUGGGGCCAGUAACAGUGCCAUUCUGGAGAAGACCUCUGCCUUCCUCCAGCGAAAACGAAGGCAGCAGCGUAGGCUCCAGAGUGAACAUCCACCAAAAACUGCAAGAGAAAAAACAGAAACAACUAGCGGAGCUGAAGAUAAUCGAAGAGGAAAUCAAGCAGGGAAAGCUGGUGGGUCCAGAAGGCGCAGAUUUCGACGAUAGGCAGCCGAUUCCCAGAGCCAAAAGGCAUGUGGAGCCGCAGCUGUUGAGUCUAGCCUCGUUGAACAACCUGGCUAGCUACGGGGUGAACCUGAACCGCAGGCCUCCGCCUAGGGCUCCGCGGAGCAGGACCCCAGAACUGCUACUCGCGCCCAGGUACCUGUACUGCGAUUGUAUAGUCCCGGAACCCGAAGCGGUGGAAGUGCAGGUUCCGCACGCGUCUUCAGAUCUGGAGAGUCAGGUGUCCCUGCCGCGGUCCUACACGUUGCCUAGAGAAUUCAAGUAUUAUCGAAGGCAUCGGGCGGGCAGGCCCGUUCAUACGACUGUAGCUUCGACGAACAGUAGUGAUGGUGAUGUGGAUAGUGCGGAUGAUGAAUCGGACUGCAAUCCUCCGCCUUUGGCUAUAGUGAGGCAGCUGAGGAGGCCGUUUAGGCAUGAAACCAAGUUGUGAUUUAUUGCCUCCAAGUUAUCUGUAGGUAGCCUUUUAUACAGUUUCCGGUUUUCCGGAAUAUUUUUAUAUUUUUGAUACAUGAGGACAUAUAUUGUAAUUUUGAAUUAUUUAUUUUUGUAAAGCUAAUAUACUUUUAUAGAUAG